AUGGCUGACGACUACGAACGCGUCCUGCUGGUCAAGCCCGAGGUGCAGGUCUACCGCAUUCCGCCGAGGACGACCAAUCGCGCCUACAGAGCAUCAGACUGGUCGCUGGAUGCCCCCGACUGGGCGUGCCGACUGCGGCUGAUCGCCAAGGGCAGUGAGUGCUUCAUCAAGCUGGACGAAAAGAGUACCGGGCAGUUCUUCGGCCAGUGUCCCAUUGACAAGUACCCCGGAACGGCCAUCGAGUCCGUCUCCGACUCGUCGCGGUACUUUGUGCUCAAGCUAGUUAAUGAACAGACGAAGCGGACGGCCUUUGUGGGCAUUGGCUUUGUCGAUCGAAGUGACAGCUUCGACUUGAAUGUCGCCCUUCAGGAUCACUUCAAAAUCUUGCAAAUGGAAAGCGAUUCGUCGGGAAAGGAAGCCGAGAGCAGUGCCCCUAAGCUGGACCUUGGCUUCAAGGAAGGCCAGACGAUCAAAGUUAAUCUCAACAUUGGCAAAAAGAGCGCCGCUUCGAAGCCGCGACCAAAGGGCAACCUCGGCGCUGGCGGAAUCCUCCUGCCUCCACCACCGGGCGCCAACAAGGCCCACGCUUUACCAAACUCCGCAUCCUCGCCCACCGGUAGCUUUGGCGGAAGCAGCAGCAGCACAGUAUCACUGGAGUCCACCACCACCACCGCUGCAACCGAGCAACAUUCCAGCAACAACAAUAGCGGCAGCGCCUUUCACCAGCAGCUGCUCGAUGAACUCGAGUCGCUCUCUGUGACCGAUUCGAAAAGCACCGCCACCACCACCAAAGUUGGGCGCUCAGGUGUGCCACUGCUCACGCCGGCCAACUCAGUUUGCCUCGGUGAUGAAUUUGCCCUUUUCUCCUCCCCUUUCUCCUCCUCACCACCACCACCGACCAGCGCCGCCAAUGUGAUUUCCGCCAAUGGGAGCAGCGGCAAGAAGACGGACGACGAUCUGUGGUCAGACUUUGAGUCAUUUCGAAAUGAGAACGCCUCAUCUGGCAGUGCUGCUGCAGCUGCCACCGCCUCAGCUACCACCACCAACGCAACCAACGCCAAGUUCGACGACUGGGCCAAGUUCUGA